AGAAAACCCUAAUUUAUUACUGCAAGAAAACAAACUUUAUUGUCCUUAAUUUCUUCACUUUCUCCUCGUAUUUGCAACGGUAACCUCUCCAACUAUUCCCCUAUAUAUCCCCCCUCCUCUCCACCCCCACUCUCCAUCUCUCCACCUCUCGCUCCAUACAUCUUCUCCCGUCGUCUCAACUUUCCAGGGUGGGUUCCCUGGAUUCUUCUUCCAGCUACAGAAAAACAGUAAACAUCAAUCAAAGUAUCCUCAUAUUUCUCCGGCAGUCAUGGCUGAUCAUCAUCGGAGAUACGGUCUUCUCUUUCUUGUGUUCUUCUUCUCUGGGUUAAUCAAGUUUUCUUUCGCGUAUCAGUUCGUGGUUGGUGGUCGACAGGGGUGGGUGGUGAACACUUCUGAGAACUACAACCACUGGGCUGAGAGGAUGAGGUUUCAAGUCAAUGACACUCUCUUGUUUAAAUACAAGAAAGGGUCGGAUUCAGUGCUGGUGGUGAACAAAGAUGAUUACGACAACUGCAACACCGGAAACCCGAUCCUGAAACUGGACGACGGGAACUCAGUUUUCAAGUUUGAUCGCUCCGGGCCGUUCUUCUUCAUCAGCGGUAACAAAGCCAACUGCGAUCAGGGCCAGAAGCUGAUCAUCGUUGUCUUGGCCGUGAGGAACCGCCCCCCUCCGCCGCCGAAUGCUCCCGUUCCCUCCGCCGCUCCGCCCAAAUCCUCCUCAUCACCUUCCCCGUCUCCCACGGGUGGAGCUCCGUCGCCAGCUAGCUCGCCCCUGUCCCCAUCUCCCGCGGGUGAAGCUCCAUCGCCCGCUACCUCUCCUCUGUCCCCAUCUCCGUCUGUUGGAGCUCCGGCACCAGCUAGCUCGUCCCCGUCUCCGUCGGGUGAAGCUCCUGCACCAGGAACCUAUGAAUUGUCCCCGCUUCCGGGAGCUACAUCCCCUUCAGGUGCUUCAUCGGGGACACCAGGAUCGCCGAAUUCUUCUACUCCGGGAGAUGUUAAUGGCAAUGCACCCGGCGGUCAGGCCGUCGGUAGUUGUGUUGGUGGCGACAGUAGUGGGAGUUGUGGGCUUGGGUGGCUGUAUCGUUUCCCCGAAUUAAUGUUGUUAGGAAUUUUAUUUAAUUUUUGGUAGGGAAUAUUUUGUUAAUUGCAAUUAUUUGUCUUAUUAUUUUGUGAUGGA